CCUUCCUGCAUCCCACAGAGGAGAGAGAGUAAGAGAGAGAGACGGAGCAAAAGAGAGCUGCCAGUCUCCCUCUCCAGCUCUCUAUCUUCCCAUCUUUUUUACUUUGUUUGUGGAUGAUGGGAUUUUAAUCAUGUGGAAGACAUCUGAGCAGCUCUUCUGGAUUUUGCUGACGCUGCAACCGGUCCCGCCUGGCCUCUUCUGAGCAGAAUGGACACUCUGGAGUCAGAGCUGACCUGCCCAAUCUGCCUGGAGCUCUUUGAAGACCCACUGCUGCUCCCCUGUGCCCACAGCCUGUGCUUUGGCUGUGCCCACCGUAUUCUCGUCUCCCAUUGCACCACUAACGAGUCUGUCCAGAGCAUUGGUGCUUUUCAGUGCCCCACUUGUAGGUAUGUAAUUUCCCUGAGUCCAGAGCGUGGAUUAGAAGGACUCAAGAGAAACGUAACCUUGCAGAACAUAAUCGACAGAGUUCAGCAGGCCUCAUCAUCAGCAGGGCUACCUCUACCGCUGCCGUUGGCCGGCCCCCACAGUGGGCUCAACUCUCCCAGUGAGGAAGGGAGCAACCGGCUGGCUCUGGUUCCCGUCAGUGCCGCCAUGUCCAGCCCGGAAACUCCCCCGGAACCAGUCCAAUGCCAGUUUUGUGAGCAGGACCCACCCCAGGAUGCUGUUAAGACAUGUGUGACAUGUGAAGUGUCUUACUGCGAGGAGUGCCUCAGGGCAACUCAUCCAAACAAGAAGCCAUUCACCGGUCACCGGCUCAUUGAGCCAAUGCCUGAUUCCCACCUCAGAGGGCUCCAGUGCCUGGAGCAUGAGGAGGAGAAAGUGAACAUGUACUGUGUCACUGAUGAUCAGCUCAUCUGCUCAUUGUGUAAACUGGUUGGAAGGCACAGGGAUCACCACGUGGCAGCCCUGAGCGACCGCUAUGAAAAACUAAAGCAAGCACUCGACUCCAACUUGAGCAACUUAAUCAAGAGGAACAAUGAGCUAGAGUCGCUUAUGGGGAAGCUGAUCCAGACUUGUCAACAUGUUGAGGUGAAUGCGUCCCGCCAGGAGGGGAAGCUCUUGGAGGAGUGCGACGUCCUGAUUGACAUCAUUCAGCAGAGGCGGCAGAUCAUUGGCAGCAAGAUUAAAGAGGGGAAGGCUCAAAGGAUUCGGAAGCUGGCCCAGCAGAUUUCCAACUGCAAGCAGUGCAUCGAGAGGUCCUCGGCCCUCAUAACACAGGCCGAUCAGACACUGAAGGAAACCGACCACGCUCGCUUCCUGCAGACGGCCAAGAGUAUCAAUGAGAGGGUUUCCAUGGCAACAGCAUCAACCCAGGUCCUGAUUCCUGAGAUCCACCUGACAGACACCUUUGACACGUUUGCUCUGGACUUCACUAGAGAGAAGAAGUUACUGGAAAGUCUGGAUUACCUCACAGCUCCAAACGCUCCGUGCAUAAGGGAAGAGUUGUGCACGGCUUCCUAUGACACCAUCAGUGUCCACUGGACGUCUGAUGAUGAAUUCACGGUUGUGUCUUAUGAGCUCCAGUAUGCCAUCUUCACUGGACAGUCCAACAUUGUCAGUCUAUGCAACUCAUUAGAAAGUUGGAUGAUUGUUCCCAACAUCAAGCAAAACCACUACACAGUGCAUGGUUUGCAGAGCGGCACCAAGUACAUCUUUGUUGUGAAAGCCAUUAAUCAAGCGGGAAGCAGAAGCAGUGAACCAGGGACUCUGAAAACCAACAGCCAGCCAUUCAAACUGGAUCCGAAAUCUGCUCACAAGAAGCUCAAGGUUUCCCACGAUAACCUCACAGUGGAGCGAGAUGAAACCACGUCCAAGAAAGGCCACGGCCAGGAUCGGUUCUCAAGCCAGAGCAGCUACGGUGUGGUGGGAAAUGUCUACAUCGACAGUGGGCGUCACUACUGGGAGGCUCUUAUUGGAGGGAGUACAUGGUACGCUAUAGGCAUUGCCUACAAGUCAGCCCCCAAGCAUGAGUGGAUUGGCAAGAACUCAGCCUCUUGGGUACUUUGCCGUUGCAACAACUCUUGGGUGGUUCGUCACAACAGCAAGGAGCUGGCCAUCGAACCCUCACCCCACCUGCGACGGGUAGGGGUCCUGCUGGAUUAUGAUGCCGGAUACGUGGCAUUCUAUGACGCCGUUGGCUCCCAGCACCUGCACACCUUUCACGUCUCUUUUGUUCAGCCUGUGUGUCCUGUGUUUAAUGUAUGGAAUAAGUGUCUGACAAUACUCACUGGUCUCCCCAUCCCUGACCAUUUAGAGGGACUAGAAUCAAACAACUGAAGCCUACAAAACAAAAAAAUAAAACUCGCAAAAAUUCCCCACCUUGAAGCUGCACAGGGCAACAUUUAUUGAAACUAUUCUGAGAGCCAAGGAGUGAGUCAUCCUCUUCUGGUACAGUAAGCUACAUAAAAUUCUGUUCAUUUACGAUGAUGCACCCAGAGGCAGAGGCGAAACAGUAACAUAUAAACUCUCUUCUGACCCCAGCUAUUGCGUGUGCUUUAAAAAAAACAAAAACAACAAAAUGAAAAAAACAGCUAGACAUGUCUGCAUUUGACAUUUUUUUCUCAGCCCGUUUGGCUCUCUUUUAUCCAGACCAUCACAGAGUAUAGGUAUAUUAGCAUUUUAGUUUGCCACUUAAACUAGCCAGCAAUUGUUCACAGUUACCCAGUGCAGCAGCAGUGCCUUGCAAAGGUAUUUUCACUCCUUGAUCUUCUUUACAUUCUGUCACAUUUAAUACAUUUAAUUUGGCAAAUAAACUAAAAAUGAAAGAUCAAAUAAAGUUGUUCCCAAAUGGUCUCUUUAAGGAUUGCCCUGAAUUUAGCUCCAACCAUCUUCCCACAAUGGCUCUUGUGGAGUGCAAAAGUAAGUUGUUCGAGGUUUUCUAACAAAUCUCUGAGGUUGUUGACAAACACCUAUUUUUUAAACAUUGGAUUUAGACCUUGCUUACAUGAAAACAGAUUUUUUUUCAUUUCUGUUAACAUAUCUACAUGAUGUUUUAAUUAUAGUCUCUGUUCACACAGCAACAGUAGAGAUGUGAAAAUUGUGUAAUUUCCCCGCCACACCACUAGUUGGCAAUAUGCUCUUUGAAACUCAACAACCCAACAUGCGCAAACACUACCAAUUUAUAAAACGAUGGAGAAAAUGAGCACUAAGAACUCAUUAGAUUCAAAAGAGUCAGCAGUACUCUGCAAUUCACCAUUGUCAUUGUUGAUAUCUUCAGAUACAGAUGCAUGCCGCACUGUUCAGAUUCACAUUUGUAUAAAACAUUUGCAAACCAUGUAUCUUUUAUAUUUCACAGCACCAUCAUGCACUACUUCGUGAAGGUCUGUCAUGUAAAAUCCAAAUGAAAUACAAUGAAGAUUGUGCUUGUAAACAAGGAAAAGUUCAAGGGAUGUAAAAACUUUAGCAAGGCACUAUAUGGGGGUGAUAGUCUCAAGCUUCCCUAGAACAAGAUUCAAUAUACUACUAAUAUUCAUCUGUUUUAUUGAAUUCGAUGCGCAGCGGUUUGAUUAGAUAUUACCUGUGUUUUGAAAGAGAUUUAUAAAUUAUUGCAAAAAGGAAAAUAAGCCACAAUUUAAGUUUAUUUUUUUCUGUACAUCAUCUCAUCAAAAAUAGCACUUUGAAACUUCCGGAAAGUACACAAACAUAUACAAUUAUAUUUACAUCUUAAUCCAUCUUUGUUGCUGUAAAAUGCAGAACAUGUAUAUAUAUAUCUAUCUUUCUCCUGUUCGUUUAACAACAAGGAACCAAAGUUGCCAUGGCUGUCUGUUCAAAUAAACUUUAUUCUAUGAUACUAAAUACAGAAAUAUUUUUAAAAAGUGACAAGAGAUGAAAUAUUAAUAUUACUGGAUUCCCAAUAUAGACCUUUUUUGCACAUUGUUUACACUUUAUUCAUGGUUUUAUAGCCUAAAAUGCUAAGAAAUGUUUGUGCAAUUUACAUGCAUUCAUACGGGGAAGAUGUCUUUUGCCUGACCUAAUGUGUUCAUUUUGUUUUGUGAUCCUGAGUUUAUGUGAUGUAUAAUAAGCGAGUUGUCUUAAUGUUGUAUCCCCAGGAUAAUCUUAAAUAUGAAGAUUAAGAUGCACAUUUUGGUGUCAAUGUUUUGUAACAAAUUUGUGCCAUUUUCGACAUGUCGGUGUUGCACUUGGGUCCUUGUUCUUUUCAAUUUCAUUCAGAGGAUGAAAAUCUUAUGUCUAUUUUUCUUUAUUAUAAUUCCUGUAUAAAACAAAAUCAGAUUGUAUUCAGUUUGGAAAGGUUUCCAGAGAGCAGCCAAAUGUUUAAUCAGAGGAACUCAAUUAAUAAUGCCUAAAAUAUAAUGAGUCCACCACACAAUUUAAAAUGUAAAACAAUGUAUUGCAUUUCUCAAUAAGAUCAGGUUUGUUAAUGAAUACAAUUCACCAUUAACUAAAUUAAGAAUAACUGAGGUUUUUGUUAAAUGUCCUUGGUAAUACAUUGACUACAUUGUUUCCCAGUAUCUAUUGCAAGUAUAGUGCUUCAUUUAAAGUGUCCGUUGACCUUUUUAAAAACGCUGUUCUAUAUUCAGUCUUUGAACACUUGUGGAAAUCGAUAUUUGAGUAAGUGUCACAUGGUUUUCUGGGAUAACAAAGAACAGGAAAUAAACAUUUUACGUUCUCACUUUAA